AUGGAAUUACUUCAUGUCGAUUUUGAACAAUUAGAUCAGGAGAUUUUGGCAGCCUUAUUUCCAAUUUAACAAUAACCACUCUUAUGUGAAGAAGAUAAUUUAUUAGGUCACGUUGAUUUAUUAUUCGAAUAAAUAAAUACUGUGGAUAAUCACUAGUAAUUAACUAUUGAUGAGUUUAAAUUGAAUUGCACAUUGAGUAAUACUUCAUUAGAUUAAUAGUUAGAAAUACAUUAUAAGACCUUAUUUAGCUAAUGAAAAAUUUAAUUCAUAAAUAUAUCAAAAGCAUUUGCACCAUAAACAGAAUAUAAUAUGCUGUUAACUAUUUGAUUAUUCUUAAAGAUUUGUAUGAAACUGUACUUGAAUUAUUUGCCAAUAGUUUAGAAUAACCUAGCCCAAGGUUUUAAGAAUUAUUAACAAAGUACUCAAAUAAUGAAGAAUUUCGAAUUAAAGCUAAAAAUAUAUAAGAUAUAAAUUUUUUUGGGCUUCAACAUAUGAAUCAUGUUUUUACGCAAGAUACAUUGAAAUAAAUUAUUAGAAUAAGUCACCAUUAUCUAACCAACCAUGAUUCAUAAGCAUUGGAAUAAAAAUUAAUUGUUUAUAAUUCACAUCUUAAUAUAUUGGUGAGAAUAUUUGCAUCAGCUAUCGAUAUGAAUAAACAAGAUAUAAUUUGCUUAAAUAAAAAUCAUUUAUUCUGGAGAUAAAUAAAGGCAAUUUCUACAUAUACAAAGUUGAGUUAAAACUCAGAACAAAUAUCUUAAUCAUACUAUAAUUUUAUGAAAUCCAUCAGGAUUGGUCAUGCUAUUUUUUUAAAGAAAUCCAAAGUUAAAAAUUCAUUAAUGAGAGAUAUUAUUUUUAUUUCUUCUUCAGUUUGGUAUUUUGUACUAGAUGGGAGAGCAAAAUUAAGAGCUAUGGAACAUAUGUGUGAUAUGUAAGUAGAAAGUGCUAUGAGUGUUAUGGGAAUGGUUGAAAAACCAGGGAUUAAACAUCUUAUUGAAUUUGGAAUUACUUCAAUCAAUAAUAAUAUAAAAAUUUACAUUGAUCCUGUCGUAUCACCUCUAACCUUGAAAUACAUGAAUAAACAAUUUUAAAAAGGCAUUCUGAAUAAAAUUACAAAUGAACCUUUAGAAUAUGUUAAUAAGUCUAUACAUUACGACAUUAAGCAGCAUAAAUCAAUAAUGACUAAAGAUAAAACUAAAUUACGAAUAAGAAUAUUAUCUUCAAAAUCUUUAGUGAAAACAAACUCAUUUCAAUAAAGUUUUUUUUCAUAAAUUUAACAUGAAGCCUUAAAUUAUGAUACAUUUGAAACGAUAAUUAUUCAUUUUCAUGGGGGAGGUUUUAUCUCAAUGUCUUCAUCUAGUCAUUAAAAUUAUACCAGAGAGUAAUCUGUUUCUUUAAAUUAGAUGGGCUAAUCAAUUAGGAAUACCUAUUUUUUCUGUUGAUUAUAGCUUAGCUCCAAAAUAUAGAUAUCCUUAAGCUGUUGAUGAUUGUUGGCAAGCGUAUCAUUGGAUUUUAAAUCAUCUUCAAUAUCACUUUAACAUCAAACCAAAAAAGAUUAUUUUAGCUGGAGAUUCCGCUGGAGGCAACCUAUGUUGUGCAUUAACAGGAUUGGCUAUUAAAUUUGGUAUUAAAGUACCUGAUGGACUUCUGCUAUCUUAUCCAGUACUUGAUCUGAAAAUGAAAUAUUCGCCAAGUCAUAUGCAUGGCCUUGAAGAUUUCCUUUUGAAUCAUACAUUAAUGGAUAUUUGUAUAGAUGCCUAUACUAAUCAUCCUGCUAGUUAUGAAUUUGACCCUUUUAGAAGUCCCAAUCAUUUUAGUGAUGAAGUAAUAAUUAUAAAGAUUCAAGAUAAUUUCUAAAUUUCCUCCAGUUAGAAUAUUGGUUGGCUCAAAAGAUCCAUUAAUUGAUCAUUCUCACAGAUUAGCACAUACUUUAAUAAAAAAUAAAAGAAAUGUGAAAAUUAUUGUUUAUGAAGGCAUGUCUCACGGAUUUCUAAGUUUUUACAUGUUAGGAGGAAUGAAAGAAUCCUCAAAAUGCAUAGAAGAUUCAAUAAUAUUUCUAAAAGAGUUGAUUUCUUUAAAAAAAUAUUGA